UUUGCGACAAAGCGGUUCGGACGCGAAUCAACACUGACAGUGAAAUUAUGGUUUUGCGAUAAAUAUUUGCGCAUCAUGGCCACAGUGGCAGACAGAGAGAUCAGUCGACUCUUGGAGGAGAACCGACUGCUGUCACAGGAUCUCAAGAACUCUCAGGCUGACAAGGACUUUGUGUGGUCCCUAUGGAAGAAGCUGCAAGUUUCCAACCCUGAUGUCACUCAGGCUGUGGGUCUGGUUGUACAGAGAGAGCAAGAGAGAUGUGAAGCUCGUGACCGCCGGGUGCUCGAAAUCCUCCAGCGCAAGGACGAGCGUAUUGAGGAGCUCCAGGCAAACCUUGCCUACAAACAGCGGGAACUGUCCACUAACACGGUCAAACAUGCCGAUGUGAAUGAGGAGAUAUUUCGACUGCAGCGAUUGGUGGAAACUCUUCAGGACAGAAAUGCCACACUGGAACUCCAGCAUGCGUGGACUAUGCGUAACAUUGAAGGGCGUGAAAAGAACUUGGAAAACACCCACAGCGACAAAUUGUUGCAACAUGAACAUGACAGGCGAGAGAUGCGUCAGAAAUUGGAGAAGUUGAAUGAGGAGCUGGACAAGGCGCGGUCAGAGAAAGCAGACGAGAUGUCCCUGCGUGUGCAGAUGGAGAGCAAAGUCAGGGCCCUGGACCGAGAUGUGCAGCAGAAGUUGGGCAGGUUUGAACAGCUCGUGAAAGAGCUGGAGGAGGCGCGUGGGUUGCUGCGCAGGUUUGAGUCCCAGGUGCGCCAGCAGCAACAGGACCUUGAGUACAAGAACUCGGAACUCGAGACUGUGCGCGCAGAACUGGCCGAGCUGUGGACGACUCACAACCAGCUCACUGAACACUCCAGCCAGCAGGCUGACCUCAUACGGCAGAUACAGUCACUGCAGACAGAUACACAGAAGAUGAUGAAGAAUCAAGAAGAAGCCUACUCCAUGGAAAGCAAUUCCCUACAGCAGAUGUACACAGAUCUUACCGGUAGAUAUGACUUGGCCAAGAAAGCUGAAUCCGAGCUGCGAUCACAAGUUCUGACCCUGAAAAAGGAGCUGCUGGACCGUGAUGAUGCCAUGGCAGAGUUGAGGCACCAGAUAGAUGUGCAGGCCAGGAACGCAAGGGAACUCAAUGGCAGCUACGUGGAUCAUGCAGAAAAGGUGGAGCCAGUGUUGGAUCUGGAGUUCAAGUGUCGGAGCAUGCAGAAGGAGAUAGACAAUCUGAGACGACAGCUCAUCGAGAAAGAAAGUCGCAUUGAACAUUUGGAAGAGGACGCGAUCAACCAAACGAUAGAAUUUGAUGUGGCUCGCCUUAACCGACAUGAGCGCACUCACUCCACACCCUCGAAGCAGUUCCAGAGCGUCGGCCUGAGUCCCAUGAGAGGUCAGGAGAGGCCAGAGAGGGCAGGUAAAGGUCAUAGGUCAAGGUCAAUGUCACCGAGACGGGAGGUGUUGACUGCUCGACCUCGACUGCACGUACAGAAAGAUCUGGAGGACUGCAAAGUAAUUUUGAAACUGAAGAUCAAGGAGCUGAAUGAGUUAAAGAAGGCCCACGCUAAGAGGCUGGAGCGGCUCAAGUCAGUACAAGAGAACUACAAGAACGUCAAAGACCAGCUGAGAACACUGGAGGAGGAGUACUAUGGUUCCAAAAAAAAGUCUAAGAAGGUGAAGCGCGCAGACCCGAAGGAACUUAGACGUGAGGACAGUGCUGCCGUCUGGAACGAGCUGGCUUUCUUCAAGAAUGAAAACAGGAACCUUGUUGUGGAGAGAAUGGGCCUGGAGGAGGAGCUAGACAACCUGCGAGUUCAGGCCAGUCAGGAUGCAGCCACUGUGCAUGAGCUGCGUGUCGCUCUGGAGCAGGAACGGGAAGAGCGCCAGUACGAGAAGAAGCGAGUGGAGCGUGACCUAGAGGGCGUGUCUACCCAGAGGUCAGAGGUUGUGCUGCUCAAGUCUGAGGUGCAGAACAAGCAUGUGAUGCUGGAGAAACUUGAGCGAGACUUAACUGAGGCCCACGGGGAUAGGGACGCACUCGCAGAGGAGAAAAAAUUGCUGAAGCAGGAGAUAGUGGAGCUGAAACAAGAGGCGUCCCAACACCGAAUGGACCAAGCUGAUCUACGCAGAGACAUACAGAGGUUAAAGCGUGAGCUAGAAGAGGAGAAGUCCCUGACAGCACAGAAACCUGUAUCGCCCACUGUGAAGACUGUGCUUGUGAAGCAUCAUGGGAAGUCUAGGAAGAGGAAAUCACGUGCUAAUCUCAACGUCAACGCUUCAAAGUUUGAUGAGCUGGUGGAGGAGGGAUGGGAGGAGCUGUCCGGUGGAGAGUCAGACAUGGAGGGUGGUACAGAGACGGGCACAGACACCCUAGGUGACAGGAUCGUACGGAGGUCGAGAGGUCAGCCUGCAGACAGCAGCACCACUGACACCAGCGUGGAGCCACACACUGACAGGCAACGCAGGAGUGUACCCAUGAAGCCACAGCGCAAGCCCAGCAGCAGAGUGGUCUCCCCUGCUAGACAUACUGAGGCCAGGGCACAGAGAAUUCUGGCCCAGCUGAAGGAUGCUGCAACCUCGCCCGUCCAGCCCACUGGUCCCUCCCACGAGUCUCCCACAGGGGUCAAGAGGUCACCCGCGUACAACGCCAUGGUGCGGCAGCUGAGGCCCAUGAAGCAGAGGGUCGGCUACCUACAGCAACAGGUUCUGACGUUACGUGAGUCUCGUGCCACAGCUCUGAAGUCAGUGGAUGAGUUGAAAGAGGCCAAUACACAGCUGCAGACAGAUCUGAACCACGCCAACCAGAGGCUGCGGGUCUCCAAACAGUCCAUACAGAAACUCACCAAUGACCUGGACAAACUGCAGCAGGAGAAGAAGGAGAUGGAGAACAAGCUCACCCAGAAAAUGGACAACUUUCCGGAAACCGGGAGAGCAGAGCACGAUUUCAAAGUUCUGGAAUCCAGGCUUAAGAGCUGUUCAACGGAGCUGUCCAGACAGAACAACGUGGUGCGGCAGCUGAAACAGGAGAAUGAGCAACUGACAGACCAGAUGAAGCUACUGCAGGACAAGGUGUCAAGGGCAGAGCGUGACAGUAGCCAGAAGAGGUCCCUACUGGAGGACCAGAGGUCAAGGGUCAAACAGGCACUGGAGACAGCCAAGGCAGACGCUGACUCUCUGGAACAGCUGGAGACGAGAACCAAACUACUGCAGGACGCCAAUGAUAAACAGAAAAUACAGAUUGACUCCUACAAGAAGCGUCUUGGAGCUGUGACCAGAGAGAAAAGGGAUUAUGAAGAGAGGUUUCUCAAGUUGACGGCUGAUAUUGAAAAGAAGAACAAGUUGCUUCUGGAGAGCCAAUCCAGGCGUCAGGAGGCGGAGACCUCGCUGGUAACCAUGGAGACUCUUGCAACCCAGCAGAUGAAGAGUCUGGCGCGGGAGAGUGAGGAUGCCCUGGAGACAGCUAAGGACAAACUGCGUGAGAUACACGAGAUACUGCAGGCCUACCAACGCUUUGUCAGGAAUCUUGCUGGGGAGAUUGUACGUCGAACACAACAGACUCGUGCAGACCUGAGGGAUCAGGAGACGCGGCGUGGGGUCAGUGACCGGGAGAACGCGAGCCUGCGUGCUGCCCAGGACCUGGCCAGGGACAUCCUCAACCUGAGCCAGUCUGACCUGGAUGAGAUCAUGAGUGCAGAUGGCGACCAUAACAAACUGGAAGCUGAGUUGGAGAUUGCAAAAAAGAAAGAUAAGAAAUGGACAAGAAAAGUGGAUCGUCUGCAAAACAGCAAGGACGACUUUGCCCUGGCCCUGAUGGACGUGUUUCUACAGAAAAUUGAAGAGAGGGUUGAGCUAGUGGCCACGCUUCAGGCACACAAACACAGUGCUUUACCAGCCUCGAGUGUGGCCAUGACGUAAUGCAACAUGGGAGGAAUCUACCGGUAUUGUCUAUACACAGGGCCAUUCGGAACGGGAGGGCUUUGAAUGCGGUGAUGGGACUUCAAUGAUCAAAAUAGGCUUAAAUGGAACAUUUGGAUGGAACCGAAGUGUUAAAAGAAGACAUUUUGCCUUAUAUAGACCAUAUACUUGGUAUAUUUGGACUGGAUGAUAAAAAACUUUGGCUUAGCAGGGACAGAUAAAGCAUUUGGUAUAUUGGUUGAUGUAGAUUGAGCAUAGAGGUUUAGAUGAAAAAUUGAUAUACCUCUGUGAUAAAUACAUUUUAUAACAAUUUAUUAAACAUUUGUUCAAACUUGUCUAUUAAAGUUUUAGACAUACAUGGACUUAUAAAAGUUAAGCUCCUGAUAUAUAAAGUAAUUAAAGUUGUUUAACUCGUAUUUAACCCUCUUAAAUUAAAUUAAAAACCGUUCUUACUAUUCAAGUUUUAAAGGGGCCCUUUAAGGUUUGGUAAAUUGACAAAAUUAAAAAAAGUUUUUUCAGAUUCGCAAAAUUUCGUUUUUGUUAUGAUAUUUUGUGAGGAAACAGUAAUACUGAACAUUUACUAUGUUCUAAAAUAGCCAUUAAAUGCAUCUUUUGACAAUUUAAAAACCUUAAAAUUAUAAAGCAUUGUUGCAACGCGAAACGAUUGAAUAAUUUGGAGAGUUCUGUUGUUGUCGUUAUAUUUUGUGAAACUACGAGGAAUGCUUAUAUAAAGUAUAAAAUACAUCCAUCAUUGCAUGAGCAUGAAUGGCCGAGUGGUCUAAAUGGUAGACUUUUACUCGAGGACACCAGGGGUCAGUGGUUCGAGCCCUGAUUUGGUUCCUUUAUUAUUUUUUUUUAGCUUACCUGUCACGAAGUGACAUGGUGAGCUUAUGUGACCGUGUGAUGUCCGACUUCCGUAUGUGCGUGCGUGCGUGUGUGCGUCCGUCAACAAUUUGCUUGUGUAGACAGUAGAGGUCACAGUUUUCAUCCAAUCUUUAUGAAAUUUGGUCAGAAUGUUUAUCUUGAUGAAAUCUGGGUUGGGAUUGUAUUUGGGUCAUCUUGGGUAAAAAAACUAGGUCACUAGGUCAAAAACUAGGUCAAAUAAUUGAAAAACCUUGUGUAGACUAUAGAGGUCACAGUUUUCAUCCAAUCUUUAUCAAAUUUUGUCAGAAUGUUUAUCUUGAUGAAAUCUGGGUUGGGAAUGUAUUUGGGUCAUCUGAGGUCAAAAACUAGGUCACUAGGUCAAAAACUAGGUCAAAUAAUAGAAAAACUUUGUGUAGACAAUAGAGGUCGCAGUUUUCAUCCAAUCUUUAUGAAAUUUGGUCAGGAUGUUAAUCUUAAUGGAAUCUGGGUUGGGAUUGUAUUUGGGUCAACUGGGGUCAAGAACUAGGUCACUAGGUCAAAAACUAGGCAAAUAAUAGAAAAACCUUGUAUAGACAAAAGAGGUCGCAGUUUUCAUCCAAUCUUUAUGAAAUGGUCAGAAUGUUUAUCUUAUGAAAUCUGGGUUGGGAUUGUAUUUGGGUCAUCUGGGGUCAAAAACUAGGUCACUAGGUCAAAAAAGUAGGUCAAAUAAUUAAAAAACCUUGUGUAGACAAUAGAGGUCGCAGUUUUUAUCCAAUCUUUAUGAAAUUUUGUCAGAUUGUUUUAUCUUGAUAAAAUCUGGGUUGGGAUUGUAUUUUGGUCAUCUGAGGUCAAAAACUAGGUCACUUGGUCAAAUAAUAGAAAAACCGUCAACAAUGUGUUUGUGUAGAUAGUAGAGAUCAGUUUUCAUCCAAUCUUUAUGAAAUUUGGUCAGAUUGUUUAUCUUGAUAAAAACUGGGUUGGGAUUGUAUUUGGGUCAUCUGGGGUCAAAAACUAGGUCACUAGGUCAAAACUAGGUCACUAGGUCAAAUAAUAGAAAAACCUUGUAUAGACAAUAGAGGUCGCAGUUUUCAUCCAAUCUUUAUGAAAUAUUGUCAGAAUGUUUAUCUUGAUAAAAUCUGGGUUGGGAUUGUAUUUGGGUCAUCUUGGGUCAAAAACUAUGUCGCAAGGUCAAAUAAUAGAAAAACCUUGUGUAGACAAUAGAGGUCACAGUUUUCAUCCAAUCUUCAUGAAAUUUGGUCAGAAUGUUUGUCUUGAUGAAAUCUGGGUUGGGAUUGUAUUUGGGUCAUCUGGGGUCAAAAACUAGGUCAAAUAAUAGAAAAACCUUGUGUAGGCAAUAGAGGUCACAGUUUUUUUUCCAAUCUUUAUAAAAUUUGAUCAGAAUGUUUAUCUUGGUGAAAUUUGGGUUGGGAUUGUAUUUGGGUUACCUGGGGUCAAAAACUAGGUCACUAGGUCAAAUAUGAGAAAAACCUUGUGUAGACAAUAGAGGUCACAGUUUUCAUCCAAUCUUUAUGAAAUUUGGUCAGAAUGUUUAUCUUGAUGAAAUCUGGGUUGGGAUUGUAUUUGGUUAGUCAGGUGAGCGAUUCAGGGCUAUCAUGGCCCUCUUGUCUUAAUUUAUUCUUGAUUUUUUACUGGAGCUUUUUUUAUAGCAUUUAAUGACAAACUUCUAUACAUGCCAAAAUAAUUGAAAAGGCCCCUCUAAAGGCUUCAUUUCCAACCCUAAGAUACUGAUGAGCAGCAAACAUCAUAAAACCUGAACAUACUGCGAGUUACUCACAGGCUGUUCUGGUUUUAUGCUGUUUGCACGUUUUUAAUUUGCUUCUGAGUGGGAAAGAGUUAAUUGUCUUGUUGAGUGUGGUGGUAGUCUGAUAUAUUGAACCUGAAUGCCCCUUUGCAGGCAGCAUUAUUAAGGUUGUAUACAGAUAGUGUGUUAUUUGUCAGAUAUAAACUUCAAUUGAGGCAUCUGCUUUCAGGCUUAUGUUAAGAUGAAAAAAGCCACAUGGCUUAUGUGUAUCUGCAGUCCAGUUUCACACUGGUAAUUCAUGUGUGUGGAUGCCAUCGGAGUUUCUAUUGAAUAAAAUUAAUUGCCACUUUCUAUAUGAGCCUUGUUCUGAGAAAACUGGUCUUAUGCAUGUGCGUAAAGUGUCAUCCCAAAUUAGCCUGUGCAGUCCGCAUUCAGGGAUGACACUGUCCGCACAGGCUAAUCAGGGAUGACACUGUCCGCACAGGCUAAUCAGGGAUGACACUGUCCGCUUCUAUGGUAUUUUUUGUAAAAAGGUAGUCUCUUCUACACGAAAAAUCUAGUUAAGGCGGAAAGUGUAGUCCCUGAUCUGGGCCGACACUUUAUGCACAUGCAUUUAACCCAGUUUUCUAAGAACGCAACUCAAUUGAUUGAUAGCCUAUUUAAUAUUGUACAGUUUAUUUGCAUUCAUAGUAUUGCAUUUGCUGAUUCCACACAAUUCCAUGUUCAAUUGGAAUGGGUCAAAAUUACAUUUUAUAAUUUGGUCGCAAAGAAAACAUUUCCAAAUAUUUAAAUCAAAGAUAAUAACAAUUCUAGGAGUUGAACAUUUCUUUCUUUGCAGUGAAAUGAUAUCACACGUUUCAAAUUAGUGACCUGUAUUUAAAGACAGUUGCAACACAAUUGUACAUUUCAUUUAUAGUAUCUUUUGUGUUGAUAAUGUUACAAACGCAAUGAGGCAUGACUGUAAAAUAUUUGAGAUCAAAAUCAAUAUAUUGUUAAUAAAACAUAAAUUAUUAUUAGCACAUAUUUCUACAGAACUACACUGUCAUCUAUCCUCAAUUGCAAAUAUACAGCAAAGUUCAGUUUAAACAAUUAUGUGAAUGAAAAAAUGUCGUUUAUUGAUGUUUCAUUGUAUUUAAUGCAUCAAACUCAUUUUGCUGGCACAUGCAUGCUUAGUACUUCAACCGUCCUGCACUUGCAUUCAUUGAUCUGUGAUAACUUUUACAUAUAUAUGUAAUAAAAUGUUACCUGUUCAUUUGAUAUUAUCUAAUAAGCAUUUGUGUAUGUACAUAACAGAAAAUGUGCUUGAUUUGUUGCUCAUUAUUAUGAUGCAUACAGAUAUGUAAUAACGUAGGGUUCAGAACGUGGGCAUAUUUAGAAACGUGUGCAGAUUCUUUUUUAUAUUUUGUACAAAUAUAUUUUAUUUUGAAAAAGAAA